AUGAAGAACAUAUCGUUGAAGAUAAAGAAGCAGGACAUGUCGGACAAGCUUCAACCACGACUUCCUCCCUCAACCUCCUGCUGUCACCCUCGCCCGUCUGUCAGUUCCGUGUCGCCGUCCGCCAUUGUCGUCGCCUCCGUCACUCCGCAAUGUCGUGACGAUUCCCGCCAUUCGAUUUCAGCAAAGUUUAAGGACGAAGAAGUUUGGGUCAUCAAGGCACCGAAACCGAAAUACAUUCCUGGCCUCACUCUCAAAGAAAAGAAGCUAAAAGGAUUUGAAACUCAUGCUGAUGAAGAUGUGAAAAAAUACCAUGGUAAAUUAGGCCAUCCGAAGAGGUUGGCGGAAAUAGAGACGGACAGAUUGUUUACUGAGCUAUGUAAAAAAGAUUCCUGCGAAAUACUAAGGCAUAUAAUGCUGCAAUCAAGACGAGAUUUAAUGUUUAACUUGCACUACCAAACCGAAUCCUUUUCACAUAGCUCAGUAAACAAUUUGUCCGCCUCUAUUUCCGCCAACCUCUUCAGAUGGCCUAAUUUACCAUGCCUUUAUGAGUUUGGCCACAAGAGUUUCAACAGAAUCUACGGAUACAUUCCCCCCACUUUUAGAAUUGGGUCAUCAUGGCACCGAAACCGAAAUACAUUCUUGGCCUCACUCUCAAAGAAAAGACGCUAA